GUAAUUUACGCUAACCUUGAUAGGUUUUAGCGCCAAUAAAACCCCUUGAUCUCAAUCAAAUCUUGUGAAUUGUGUACCUGGUCAACAACAGCAGCAGCAAAUAAUAUCUGGACCGCUUGAGGGGUAUUCAGCUGCAAAGUUGAGCUCAGUUCACUCGCGUCGUUACACGUUGCGCUUUUCACUUCUCUUGAAAGCUUGAAAGCUUUCUGUACUUGCCGCCUACCUCUGAGCAACCCCGCUAGGCAGUUACGCCCUCGUCCCGUACAAUCCAGGUUCAACUGGCUUCUGCAUCAUUCUUUGCUCGUCACUGCAUUUCUGAGAUAGCAUUUCAACGACCUAUUCGCAUCAUGGCCUCGCCCCAGGACAAGUCAGCCAAGCAGUUGGCUUAUGAGAAGUUUGAGAAUGUCUUCAAGGACACUCUCAUCGAGCAAAUUCUUGGCCAUGCCAAGAAGUACAAACUGCCUGAGGAGUAUCUCACGUAUUUUGAGAGAUCUGUGAGGGCCAACACCCUGGGUGGAAAGUGUAACAGAGGCAUGUCCGUGCCUGAUUCUACUGAGCAGCUUUUUGGAAGAGAACUUACUCAGGAAGAGUACUUCUCGACCGCAACACUUGGCUGGAUGAUUGAGCUCCUUCAAGCCUUCUUCCUCGUUUCUGACGAUAUCAUGGAUAGUAGUAUCACCCGCCGUGGUGAGCCUUGUUGGUACCGUCAGGAGGGUGUCGGCAUGGUCGCCAUCAACGAUGCUUUCAUGCUUGAGUCUGUUAUCUACCUUUUGUUGAAGCAGUACUUUAAGGCACACCCUGCUUACAUCGACAUGGUCGAGUUGUUCCACGAGACAGCAUGGCAGACCGAGGUCGGCCAGCUCUGCGACUUGCUCACGGCCCCCGAGGGGAAGUCCAACCUACACAACUACAGCUUGGAGAAGUGGAGUCACAUUGUUGUCUAUAAGACCGCAUACUAUAGUUUCUACCUACCAGUCGCUUUGUCCCUGCACUAUCAGAACAUUGCCACACCUAAGAACCUUAAGCAGGCUGAGGAUAUCUUGAUCCCCAUGGGCGAGUAUUUCCAGGCUCAGGACGACUUUCUCGAUUGCUUCUAUGGAACCAAGGACGUCAUUGGCAAGGAUGGCACAGACAUUCAGGACAACAAGUGUUCGUGGCUCGUCAACCAGGCCCUGAAGAUCACUACUCCUGAGCAACGAAAGAUCAUCGAGACCCACUACGGCAAGAAGGACGACGCCGAUGUCGCAACGAUCAAGGAGCUCUACAACGAGCUGGACUUGAAGAGCAAGUAUCACGCGUAUGAGGAGAAGGUCGUGGGCGAGAUCAAGGCACAGAUCGCAAAGAUCGAUGAAAACGAAGGCCUGAAGAAGUCGGUCUUCGAGACAUUCUUGAACAAAAUCUACAAGCGCAGCAAGUAGAGCAAAAGAUUUGACUUCAAGUUGAUGAACAAUAAUAUAUAGAUAGUUGCUAAUACUCUUACCGCCCAAGACGGUUUCAUGUCUUGAUUAGAAAUCCAAUGUCUUGCUGCACCGGAUCUAUAACCGUGACUCAAAGCUUUGUUAAACAUGGCUUUCCAGUCCAAUCGCCAAUCAACCCGACACGCUAAAGAAGCC